AUGUUUUUCGACCCCAAUGAAAUGAACGGAAUUCAAAAUGGAAGGAUAGAACCCCUUGGACUUGAGGCGUAUUCCGUGGAGGCAACAACCCCUGUGAAACCGCUGGACGGACUUUUAUUCUCCUCGGUAGAAAAUUGUUGUAUUAAUUACCUUGAAGGCCAUAAUCAACCACUCUAUCAAAUAUUCUCACCUAACGAUAAAACCUAUGAAGACGAGAAGGCCCGCAGCUUAGGAAAUCUGUCGAGAAAGUCAAGUUGGGAAAGUGCGGAGCCAAAAACCUGUUUCUUAGUCAGUCGCUCUGAAACUUUCGACCAUUAUUCCCCUUACGAAACAACUGCUAAUGGUGACUUGGAAAUUGAUGGACUCAAUGAUCGGCUUCUCAUCCGUGAAAGCAACAUACGAAGCGUUUCCAAAUUAGAUAUGACUUUGGUACCACUAAAAAUUGAAUUUGAAGACUGGAAUCCAUUUCGUUACUCCAAGAAGGUGUCAAAGUAUUGUUCAGAUUCAUCUGAAACAAGACAGUUUUUAAAGAUCAGAAAAGUUAUGCAAAAUAACGUUAUCCGGCUCUAUUUUCAGCUUGAGAGUAGUUCUGGUUCUCAGGCGUUCAACGAAGGGGAGAUGCGAAUCUCUUUGAUUAAUCGCAGAGUUAAUCCUUUGACUUUUGAUAACUCUUCUCUCAACAAGCAUAACUAUGAUGAUUCCGAGGACCAAUUGAUUGAUAUGGCGUUUUUAACAGUAUCCGAGUUUAUUUCAGUCAUAAAGUUCAUCUUGAAGGACUUAGAUAAAGGCAGCCCCGAGCUGCGAUUCAAGCUGAAAAGAGACUUUCCCGCUUCCUCUUCAUACGACCCCUACUUACCAAACAGAAUAAGAUCUAACAUCAGAGAGUUUCUGAAAGGCAAGACAUUGAGGGGUUUUGUUCCAAAUGACUUCGCCGAAAAGCUGCUGCCUUCACAAAUCGAUUUCAUGAUUGGCCUCUUUGCACAAAUUUCAAACUAUGAAACUGAGAAGCCAACAAGGAAUAAUUCUCAACUAUCAGUUGUGAAGCUAGAAGAUUUUGAAAAGGCAGUCAAGAAGUGUGUAUCUUUUUAUUUCUUUGCUCUCCCCAACGGGCAAGGUUAA